UGGGCCGAGGUGUCGUUGGGCCGACAUGUCUGAGUUUCGGGGCAUUUCCGGUUUCAAAACAUGUCAGGCCGAAAACGUAAACAUCCUACGAAAGACGACAGUGUUGGUACCGCCAAACGACAAAAUGUUGGGAAACAGAAACCGAAACAGAAAGCCAAGAAGAGCAUUAACACAAAGGGAAAACAAACAGCUACCAAGAACGUAGCUGGGACCAGUGGCACAUUCUCAUUCAGUUUACCAGACCUCAUCACAAAUGACGGAUGGAGAGAGGUGUUGUCUGAGGAGCUGGAAAAGGAUUACGUCAAGGAACUAGAGAAGAAGCUGACCCAGCACUACCAGGGAGGGGACAGUGUGUACCCACCCAUGGACCUCAUAUUCAACGCCCUCAAUAUGACACCACUGGACAAAAUCAAAGUUGUGAUCCUGGGGCAAGAUCCUUAUCACGAUGACGGACAGGCAAUGGGACUUUCUUUCUCAGUUCCCAGAGACAUGAAGGUACCACCAUCUUUGAAGAAUAUUUACAAAGAGCUCAAUGCGGAUCCUGAUAUAGACGGAUUUAUAACCCCUGAUCAUGGCUGCUUGGAAAAAUGGGCAAAGAAUGGGGUCUUACUGUUGAAUGCUACACUGACUGUGACAGCUCAUCAACCAAAUUCUCACUCUAAGUAUGGCUGGCAGAGUCUCACUGAUGCCAUCAUUCGCCUGGUCAGCGAAACACAGCAGGGAGUGGUCUUUAUUUUAUGGGGAGGCUUCGCCCACAAGAAGGAGAAACUGAUAGAUCAGAAGAAACAUGCAGCCAUAAAAACCGCCCACCCAUCCUCGCUGUCCUUUGGAAAGUUCAUCAACUGCAGAUGUUUCUCAAAUGCCAACGGGGAGUUAAAGAAAUUCAAGAAAAGUCCAGUUGAUUGGACACUUUGAUUCAAUAGAUUUAACCCUUGAUCCCAGCAAUAUGUUAAUCAUCUGUAGUUGUGGUAAUGAUGCUCCUAUAAAGGGAUCUUUAUUCUCUUGCUUUUGCUGAUAGAAUGUUAUUCAUCUCAUUGGCUCUUAGGAAACUAGUUCUGGGGUAGUACCGGUAAUUAGAAAAUGGCUGAUGCUGACCUGAAAAAUCAUGAGUCAUAAAUUUUUCAUGCAGUUCAAAUAUUGCAAUUAAAAAAAAAAAGGUUUACAAGGUAGGUUGUAUUUUAAAAGAUGGAGAUGUUGUAAAUGUUGAUGGAUUAAAAAGGAUAGGACUUAUAUGAAUUUUUUUUUUUGAAAUUUCGUUUUCUUGAUGGGGCAAAAUUUGACAGAUAUUACUCCUUGUAAAGGAGUCAUAAUCAUUCCUGCUAGUUAUUUCUCUCAGGUGUUAUAAUGCAUAGAGAAUAUGUGUGUGAAGAUAUACAAACUUUCAUGUUAUUAAGUUUAUAGGUACUAUUUUGUCACUGUUAAAAAUUGUGAUAGCUUGCAGGGUAAAACAAAAUUUCUCACAACAUAAAUAGAUAUUUUGAUUUAGACCUAUUUUAUAUAUAUAUACUAUUAGUUUAUUUUUUGAAAGUCUUAUUUUUUAUAUAUUGUAUACAUUUUACAUGUAGUUUGUGAUCUCAUAUUUUUCUCUGAAAACAUUAUUACCAUUGACCAGUAGUUUGAACUCUUUUAGAUAUUUACAUAAUUUUUUUUUUAUGUCUGUACAUGUAUAUGAUUUUAUUCACUUCUACAUUUUUCUGCUGUUUUAUGAUUUUUUAUCACUGUGAUUGUGAUUUGAUAAAUAGUGUACUAAUUAAUAGAUUUUUGUAUUUAAUAAUAAACUGUUUGUGCUUUGA